AUGGUAUUUGGUAUCGGAUUGAUCGUCAACGCCGUCCUAGUGGCCAUCCCGGUCGGGGGCAGCGUUGGAGCUUUGAUGGGCAUCGACGCCCACCGCUCAGCAACAGGACAAAAGCCACUGUUCACUGGUGGAAACACAGAGGAUGGCACUACACCAGGUGGUGGAAGUACAGGCGACGGCGGCGACCACCACACAACCACUCCGGUCCACGGCACACAAAUGACAGAGUACUGUGAUCUCUCAUGGGGAAUUACACCACCAUCCAAGACCGAGCAAUACACCCUGAACCCUAACCAAUGGGGUGUGACUGAUACCACUGUUGGAAAGUUGUGUAUGAAUGUGACCACUUUUAAGAACGAGACCUAUCCCACAAACACUGCGCCAGAAUUCUCCGUCAACUGGAAGUUCGACGCUGGACCAGAGACACAGCCUGUGCACGCCUACUCCAACAUCCGGGUGGACGAUGUCUUACCGCUGGCUUUGGACUCGAUGCAACAGCUAUACCUCGAUCUACACUGGACAUAUGGAAGUGGUAACGCCUCGGUCGAAACUACAUCCAGUGACGAUUUGAAAGCUGCCAAUCUCAAUACCAACGUGGCCAUCGAUAUGUUCUUGGACAGCGACAAGACUAAAGCAGAAAACGGCACCAAUGCUGCGUACGAAGUCAUGGUGUGGUUUGCGCAAAUCGGUGCUGCCACCCAGCCCAUUGGUCUCCAGAACAAAUCAAAGGCAACCAGAAAUUUAAAUGGAACGAACUUCGAGCUCUACGCAGGCCAAAACGGACAAGGACAGAAUGUCAUGUCUUGGGUUUCAGAAGAAGCUGUCAACGGCGGCUUCACCGAAAGAUUCGCUGGUGACAUCUACCCUCUCAUCACCGAUCUUUACUCCAUGACGUCUGCCGACCUGAACGACAUUGAACCCCCCAGCAAGGAUGACUUCCUGGGCAGUUUGGCCUUUGGAACUGAGGCCUUCUACUCGGGCGAAUUUGUCACUUUCUCGGUGCCGGAGUACAAGAUCGACAUCCGGACGUAG